AUGCAUUCCUCGGUGACUUUCGUUCUGGCAGCUCUUGCCUCCACUGCGUUCUCCUCUCCCCUCAAGACCAGAGAUGUGCCGACAGGCCAGGUCAUCACUGAGUGCAUUCAGCCAGGGACGAUAGCCUUGACCUUUGACGACGGCCCAUCCGAAUACACCAGUGAGCUGCUUGAUCUCCUUGCGGCUUACGACGCUCAAGCCACCUUCUUCGUCCUCGGCAGCGCCGCAAGUGAGAGUGCUAGUCUCCUCCAGCGCAUGCAAAGCGAAAGCCACCAGAUCGGAUCGCACACUUACGACCACCCCAGCCUCAUCGGUUUGAGCGAUGCGCAAAUUGAAGAUCAGAUGAACCGGCUUGACGACGUUCUCGAGCAGUCCAUCGAGGAAAGGCCAACCUACAUGCGCCCGCCAUAUUUCGACACCGACGGCCAUGUACUCGAGGUAUUGGGCCGUCUCGGCUACAAGGUGAUCACGGCGAGUAUUGACACCAAGGACUACGAGAACAACGACGAGAGCCAGAUCGAGGUCAGCUUCGACAAGUUCGUCACCGAGCUGGAUGCAGGCGGGAGCAUUGUGCUGUCGCACGACAUCCACUACUGGACAGUCUACAAACUCGCGGAGGAGAUGCUGCAGGAGGCUGAAAGCCGGGGGCUUAGAGCUGUCACGGUUGGAGAGUGCCUUGGAGACCCCUUGGACGAAUGGUAUAGGUAG